AUGGGUGCCGCCCCCUCCGUACCUGACGGCGGCGACGCCACGGCCGUGACGGGAUCCGCGAGCGACAUCUCCAAGGUGAGCGCCACGCACGAGUUCACGAUCUGUGAAUAUAGCCGCACCAAAGGCAUGGGCAUCGGCAAGUCGAUCCUCUCGCAGUACUUCUCCGUCGACGGCCGCCGGUGGUUCAUGCGCUUCUACCCUGACGGCUACAGCAGGAACGACGCCGCAUGGGUCGCCUUGUACGUGCAGACGCUCUACAAGCCGCAGUUCCGCGCCGUGCGCGCCGAGUUCACCUUCCAGCUCCUCGGCGCCAACGGCGAGGUCCGCCACACGCGCCGCUCCGACCGGGCCUGCAAGUUCGACACCUUCUGCAACAGCUGGGGCAUCCGCCGCUUCAUCAGCCGGGCCCAGCUCGAGGCCGCCGCGCUCGCCGCCGUGCACAACGACUCCAUCACCGUGCGCUGCACCGUCGUGGUCCACAAGGAGCAGGCCAAGAACCUCCCCGUCCCGCGCCCGAUGCUCGCCGACCAGCUGCCGUCGGUCCACGCGCAGAACGCCAUCAGGUUCUACGCCAGCGGGAAGGCACCCUUCGACGUGCGGUUCCUCGUGGGCGGCGAGGUCGUCGAUGCGCACAAGAUGGUUUUGGCCGCGCAGUCGCCCUGGUUCGAGAGCCUCCUCUACGGCCCCGAACCCAAGAACCUCGUCGACGUCGGCGGCGGCGGCGUGGUCAGCGCCGAGGCCCUCCGCGGCGUGAUCCACUUCAUCUACAACGACGAGCUCCCGCCCGCCGUGACCUCCAACAAGAGGACCGCCCAGAGCCGGUACGGGGCGACGCUGGGGCUGUACACUGCCGCCGACUACUACCACAUGGACAGGCUCAAGAUGAUGUGCGCCAUCACGCUCGGCGGCUGCAUCAACCAGAACACGGUACACCAGAUCGCCGAGUACGCCAAGGCCUACUCCUGCAAGGAGCUCGACCAGGCGUGCAAGAACUUCGCGGACCGCAGAGGAGUGAUGCUGCUGCCCAGGAUAGAGGUGAUACAGAGAUUGAUAUCCCGUGGUGGCGGCGCUUCUCAGUUCAAGAAGAGGAUCAAGAACGACGUCGCCGGUCCCUCCACGACGACGAGCCAACAGGCCGCUCUCUGA